AUGAACGUUCCAGCACCAACAGGAACCCAGGGCGUGAAGAAGGACGACAUCACCAUCCCAUCGGCCGACGAAUUGCUAGAGCACGAGGGGAGUCCGCUGUGGCGUGACCAGGUGGCCAGGUGCCAGAGGGUGGCCGUGUGGGUCGUGUCACUGGGAGCGGUGCCUGGGCACGUGUGCCUGGUGCCCGAUGGCCACAGGCGCUUUUCCAGGGACACCAGCACUGACCUGCGCCGGGUGUAUGCUGUUGGGGCGCACAAGUACGCAAAGGUGCGCGAGUGGUGGUUCCGGGCCGGGGUGGAAGUGCUGAGCGUCUUCAUGUUCAGCGUGCGGAACUUCAGCCGGAACUCGUUCGACAUGACCUCCGCGCUGAAUCAGGCUAAUCAGAUACACGUCGACAUCGUGGACAAUGUAGACGCGUUCCGCGCCAUGGGAAUGCAGUCCUGCGCUUGCGGCGACCUCGAGCGGCUACCCGAGGAACUGCGCGCUAGUCUGGCUCGCUCUGAGAUCGCCACGUCGAGCAUACGUGAGAAGAGCCUCAAAAUACAAAUGUCGUGUGCCGCCUACAAUACCACGUACCAGAUGUCUCGGAUGGCUCGGCACUUGGCCACGGCAAUUAAAGAAGGAAUCAUCUACACCAAGGACCUGACCGCCGCGUUCCUGGACGAGUACGUUUCUCUGACCGAGUGUCCGCCGGCCGAGCUGCUUCUGCGCUCGGCGGGAGACCAGCGCUUCAGCGACUUCGAGGUACUGCAGUGCAACUACGCCCACUUCCACCUGGGUUCCAAGAAGUGGCCCGCCGUGGGCUUCGGCGACUGGUUGCGAGCCAUGAUCGAGUUCCAGCUGAACUGGCCCGCCAUAGAGGCUGUCAAGGAGAAGCACGCUAAGAUGACAUCUUAUGGAAGCGGCAGAUCGGACCCCGAGCAAGUCAUACGUCAGCGCAAGUUCCUGCGGCACGUCCACGUUGCCAACAUCCUCAACAUGGAACGGCUCGCCGGCCUCCACAACGGUGUGAUGUAAGAAUAAAGUAAUAUAUCACAUCGAACUGUUGGAAUC